AUGCCUGCCGCAAAAACAGGCUUCACUCGAGUCCUGGACGAUCUCGCACGUCGUCAACUGCAUCUGGACUUUGAGUUCGGUACAGCUGCCGCAAAGUAUGAACCAGUUCGAAGCAUCGGAGCUGGAGCAUUCGGCAUUGUCUGCGAAGCCGAGGAAACAAGCAGUGAUGGUGGUUUCGUUGCAAUAAAGAAGAUAGGACAUGCCUCGGCUACGCCAACGUUAGCUCGUCGUACAUUGCGAGAAAUCCGUGUGUUGCGUCAUGUGAAACACGACAAUAUUGUGUCAAUGAGGGAUAUUUUUCGCACUAGAGGACCGCUAGGAAUCAAUGUUUACCUCGUCAUGGAUCUCAUGGAAUACAGUCUUAACCAAGUCAUUCAUGGCUAUUCAAGUGAACUCGACGACUACCUUAUAAGGAAGUUUCUGUACCAGUUGCUUAUGGGACUAAGGUAUCUGCACACUGCUGGCAUCGCCCAUCGUGAUCUGAAACCUUCAAACUUGCUCGUGAAUAGCGACUGUACACUACGCAUCGCUGAUUUUGGUAUGGCAAAACUGGCUAUGAAAGACCAUGUUGACGAAGCCGACGAGCGGUGCUUCUACAUGACACAGCAUGUCGCCACAUUACCAUACAGAGCACCAGAGUUGCUUUAUGUGAUGCCGGAACAUUCAACAGCAGUGGAUAUGUGGGCCGUUGGAUGCAUUUUUGCUGAGAUGAUUCUCCGACGAGAGCUCUUUCCAGGACGUAGUGUAUCCGGUCAAAUUAAGAUCAUUCUCACUAUGCUUGGAGCACCAUCGCAAAAAGUGAAGUUUUUUUCGUUGUCAUAUUUCGUCAUGAACGAGUCCCUCUUUUACCCAUAUAUACCGCUUCCCUUUAGAUACUGGACGAAAUUCGUUGUGAGCGUACGCGACGUCUCAUUGAGAAUUUCGGAGACCACGCCCAACGAUCGUGGUCAGAAAUAA